UUUAUUAAAAUAUAACAGUGAAAGACAAGGAAAAAAAACUAAACAAGAGAUACUUGACAUUUCAAUUUCUAUAAUUGGAAAGUAACACCCACACCCCCACUCAUUUAAAAAUGUGCAGUAUUGAUUAAUUACAAAAAAAAAGACAUUCCAAAAGUACUUGAUCAUUUAAACUAUAAUAAGGUACUAAGCUUCAUUAUUAAGUGGUAGACAAUGAGCUCUAAUUUGGGAUCUGAGUGAUUGAUGAAGCCUCUAACGUUACAGAUCUCUAGAAGGGAUGAUGUAUUUAGGUUCUAGUAAGAUUUCAUUGUUAUUUAAUAGCAUCACUGUGCUCAUUCCAACACAACAUUGACAUACUCAGUUUCUGCUUUUAAAAAAUAGGAAUGACUGAUACAUGACUCAGGACUGUGGUUUAAAGGGGAGGAUUAGUUCCUGUUUAUAUUUCCUUUAAGAAGACUGCACAUCACAUUCAUUUCACAUGUUCAGAACACACACAGGAUUUUUAAAGUCAAAAUGUGGCUCUUCUGGAUUACAUUUUAUUUGAAUGAUUGUUUGAUGCAUUCUUAAGCUUUCAAUUUUUUUCUUGAAACCUCUCACUGGUGUUUUUCUAAUAAUCUUCACCAUCCAGGAUGCUACUGUUAUGGACUAGAAUAAAGCAGAGUUUGGAGGACGUCAUUUCCUUAGCUGUAGAUGUUUUCACCGCUGGCAGAAGAGACGGCUUGCAGACAACUGUCAUCCUCCUUUCUGUCUGCAGCUUCCUCAGCCUUCUGCUCAGCUCCCUACUCUUCCUGUACCUCCUCUUCACCCUGGACUAUGAGCUAGCAGUGGCUGGAGGGAUCGCAGGCUGCUUUGGGACUCUGCUGGCCAUUGCCUCUUUCCUAUCAAAGAGAGUGAGGUGUAUGGGAACUUUAUUUGUGAUAUCUAUUUUUAUGAAGAAGAGUCGUAACUUGUUACUGACUGCUGGCACUAGUUUAGUUAUUCUUAAAAAUAUCCGCAACACUCUGGAGAACCUCACACGCCUGGUCAGGAGUAUGAUCUGCAACCUGAAAGCAAAGAAAGAAUCCAUCACUGCUCCGUUCAGUAACUACAUAAUGAUGCUGAAGUGGAUAGGAAACAUGCUCAAAGGGGUCACAGAUCUGGGAGUGGUGAACCUUGACCCUGAGCUCAAGGUUUCUCUCAGACUGGAAUCGGAAAAAUUCCGGCUGAAGCUGAGCGAAGCAGAGCAGAAGCUGAAUGAGACGGUGAGAUAUGUUCAGGCUCUCACGGAGACGGUCUCCUCUGUGUCUAACAGGAUGUUUCCUGCCAUCAGCUUCCUGGUGCUCAUCAUGUUUAUCGUCUUGCACAUAAGAAAAUACUGCAAAGACAUGAAAUAUGAAAACAGGUUUAUCAGCAGGAAGUUUGUUCUUUUUGAUGAGAAGCAGAAAGCGGAAGGAAAGCCCCAUGUCCUCCCUCUAACACCAAAAGAAGAGAAGCUGUACACCUCCAUUUCCUCCCCACGUCCCACCUCCAGAGAGAGGAAAGCUGUGCUGAAAUUCGGAACUCCAGUGGUGUCCCACUUUGUAGCAUGGGUUUUAUUCAUAACUGUGGAUGCUCUAUUGUACUAUUUUGUUGACAUUAUUACAACGAGAUUAUCAGAGCUAGAACCGUUCCAUGUCCCCUUGAUAAUAAGCUUUAAAGAGAUCGCCACCUUAAUUGGAAUAUCAUUCAGUGAGGAAAAAGAUGAAAGAGACUUUUCUUACUCUGUAACCUUGUUUGAGAAGAAGUGCCUCCCUGAGCCCAAGCUGCUGUUGUAUACCUCCGUAUUACCGCUGAGUGCCAUCCUGCUCACCCUGCUCAUCAUGGCUCUGCUGGCAGCCAAAGUCUCCCGGCUCAGACUGAUGGUCUGUGAAAGAUUCUUUAUCAGUGCUGCUGAAGUGAGAGUGGAGUAUCUACAUGGCAAAAUCCUGAGGAAGAGAUUAAAAACAAGGAGAGGAGAAAAUGACUACAGCAUUAUGUCAUUCAUCUUUAAGCUUCAUUUCUGGUGUCCACUGCUCUUCCAGCCUAAAGAGGAGCCACAUAGUAUUGUGUGAGAAAAAUCUUCUGUUUGUUACAUAACGUCAGGAGACACACUAUGGAUCUGAUGAUGAUAGUGACAGUUUUUGUUGGACAGUCCACGUUUAUGCUUCAGAUGUUUGGAUAAAGUUGAUGAAUUUCAUGGAUGAGGAUGAGUUCUGCUAGUAAUAGUAUUUUCCUGUUGUACAAUGUGCCUCAUCUGUGUAUUUCUUGGUAAAAUAUCUGGAGGAGCGUAGGAGUAAUUGCCUUUAACUUGGUAGUGAUAUUUAUGGUUCCCAGAGGAUGACAUAUUAUGACCUUCAUGAUCACUUUACUAUUUAUUUAAAGCCACUCACAGACAUUUAAUUAUAUGAUUAUAUGCUUGUAUGGACUUCUGUAAUUUCUACUCACCCUGUGUGAUAAAUUGAACUGAUUGAGCUCAUAGUUUUACAUGUGGAACGUGUGUUUGAGGGGAAACCAGAUAAAAAAAAAAAGGUUAAAACCCAGAACCAGCUCGUCUUUGAGUACAUAGACUGAUA